AUGGUAAAUCAAAUUUCUGGGGGUUUUCGAUCUCGGUUGGAUUCUUCUUCAUCAAUAACAGAUAAUACAUUUAUUGAGAUCUUUAUGUAUCUUCCUCUAACUUCAAUUUACAGAUUCAGAUCAGUUUCAAAGGUAUGGUUUUCAUUACUCUCAGACCCUAAUUUCAUUACCAAAUGGUUCCAAUUUAACAACAAAUCUCUCCCAUGGUUACAGUAUCAUACAGUUAGAUUAACUUUUCCUUUUUCUGAUGAAAGCCCUUUUCAAUUUAGAAACUCAUAUCCUGAUUUACAUUCAAGAUUUAUAUCUAGAAAUGAACAUUUUUUCUCUUUUGAGUUUCUGAUAAAUGAGAUACCAUUAGAAGGAGCUGAAUUAUACCUGCUAGGUUCUAGUAAUGGUCUCGUACUUUGUUUUUCAGUAAAAAAUGAAGAUUAUUCGUCUGAGGAAAGGAGGUAUCAUGUUUAUAAUCCACUUACUCAGAAAUGGGUUUCGAUUCCGUUACUACCCCGUUCCCGGGGUAGUCGAUUUGCUGUUAGUGGUAUAUUCUGUGAGUUUUCGUUAUCUGCAAGUUGUUGUUAUAAGGUUGUGCGUAUUCCGAUAUUUGAUUGGCCCUCGAAGAUAUUUUAUGUUGAUGUGUUUUGUUCUGAUUCUGGUGAAUGGAGAAAUUUUGAAGUUUCCUGUGAUCAAGAUGUUGAGUGGUUUGAGUGUGAUAAUGAGAAUGUUGUUACUACUCUUAAUGGUGUUUUGUACUGGAUGGAAAGGUCGAAUAGAAUGUUGGUUUAUAAUAUGAAUCAGAACAACGAAAGUGAUGGACAUCAGUGUAGUUUGAUCGAUCUGCCGGAUGCGGACAUCAGUGAUAAUGAGUUUGGUACCCUUACUAGUCGUAUUCUCGGGGAGUCAGAAGGGAGGAUCUGUUACGCUAGUACUAGAGUUACAAAUAGGAAAAUUAUUGUGAGUGUCUGGGUGCUUGAUGAUGACAAUUGGCAAAUGCUGCACAAGGAUAUUUCAAUUGACAAGACCUUAACAGAAAUUUAUUCUCUGAUAGGUGAUGUUGGCAAAGUCCGGAUUUUAGGCUUCAAUCCGCAAGACAGUAAUAUUGUUUUACUUGGUCGCAAGCAUUGGGUUUGGGAGUUCAAUAUUGAAACCGGAAGUUUUGAAGAGCUUGACCAUUCUUCACUUUUGACUAAUAGGCAUAUGAAUGUUACGGGGAAGAUGGUCUUGCCGUUUGUGCUAAAGGUGAUGCCAACAAAAUUUUCACCGUCCUCUUGGUAA